AUGCUCAAACGCGUCACAAAGGUGGCACUCACUGCAGCCAAGGCAGGCCUAGAAGAUCCAAAAGUCGCAGUAUAUUAUUCCCAUUCUCCAACAGAAGAUACUAUAGGCGCACUGGAAAAUAUGCGGGUCCAGGCGCUUUCUGGAUGUAACGGUCAGCAAGCCAUCCCUGUGACCCGCAAAGAGGAAGAAAUAGAGGAAACCAAGAGAAUGUUCCGGGGUGCCUUGGAAGAUGUUGAAGGUGAAGCCAAAUCCGACAUGUUGCUACGCAUGGGCAAUGCCCUGAAACAGAUGACUGCGGAGCAAACCAAUGCUUCUGCUUUGGAGUGUGGAGAAGCUGGUUUGUGGGUCCUUGUUCAUGGCCUGAGCUGCCAAACUGGACAGCCACUGAAUGGCAAACUGGGCCUGGUCUUCAAGGAUGGAUUGGUAAAUGGUAAAGUUGCUCUGGAACUUGAAGGAGUUGAGGAAUUCUAUUUACUCCAGCCCUCCAAUCUACAACAACUCCCAUUCUCGGAGCAACAAUUGGCCCUCAUUUCUACCCUGGAUAAAGCAGAGCAGUGGAAGUAUGUGCGAGGCCGCUUCAUCCUGGGUGAAGAUGCUCGCCGUUUCUUGGCUAGCUAG